ACUAAAAGGAAGAAAAACAAAAGUGAUGGCAAAGGAGUCUUUCAAACUGGACAACACUGAACUAGCGAAGUGACCGUCAACAACACAUAAUGAACAGUUGGUGGCGAUAAUACCCAAUUGAAGAGGUUAUACACAUUUGAUAUAACGGCGAAGAAGAAGCGAUACACGACACCAGCCGAGAUUUCUGUCACCGUACUGAGAAAUGGCGGCGUCCGUGUGCCGAGUUGGGAGCACCGUGGGUCGAGCCCUCGCCAAAACCCGCAGUCCCAUCCUGCUGUCUCUGAGGCGUGGACAGGCCUCAGUCAGUUAUGCCCAGAGCCUGGUGGGAGCCCCUGAAACUCGCCUCACUACCCUGGACAAUGGUUUGAAGGUCGCAUCUGAGGAGACUGGACAUGCCACAUGCACUGUUGGACUGUGGAUCAGUGCUGGCAGUCGCUAUGAGAGUGAGAAGAACAACGGAACAGGCUUCUUCCUGGAGCACAUGGCUUUCAAGGGAACCAAGAAGUACCCUCAGACAGCCCUGGAGCAGCAGGUGGAGUCAAUGGGUGCUCACCUGAGCGCCUACACCUCCCGAGAGCACACUGCAUACUACAUGAAGACCCUUGCAAAAGACCUACCCAAAGCCGUGGAGCUGCUGUCAGAGGUGGUGCAGAGCUGCUCGCUGAACGAGGCAGAGAUCGAGCAGCAGAGGGGCGUGGUGCUGCGUGAGCUAGAGGAAGUCGAGGGUAACCUGCAGGAAGUUUGCCUUGACCUGCUGCAUGCCACAGCCUUCCAGGGCACUGCUCUAGGACAAAGUGUGCUGGGACCCUCCCGCAAUGCCAGGACUCUGACCCGCCAGGACCUAGUGGAUUACAUCAACAGCCACUACAAAGCCCCUCGCAUGGUGCUGUCUGCUGCUGGAGGUGUGAACCACGAGGAGCUGGUCGGUUUGGCUAAAUCUCACUUCAGCGGAGUAUCUUUUGAGUAUGAGGGAGAUGCUGUCCCCGUGUUGUCACCCUGCCGAUUUACAGGCAGUGAGAUCCGUAUGCGUGAUGAUGCUUUGCCUCUGGCACACAUUGCCGUGGCUGUGGAGGGGGCCAGUGCUGCCAGCCCAGACAUCGUGCCACUCAUGGUGGCCAACUCCAUCAUCGGCAGCUAUGACCUCACCUAUGGUGGUGGAAAGCAUCUGAGCAGCCGCCUGGCUCGCCUGGCAGUGGAGGAGAACCUGUGUCACAGCUUCCAGGCCUUCCACUCCUCCUAUAGCGACACCGGCCUGCUGGGCAUUUACUUUGUAUGUGAUAAGCACCAAAUCGAAGAUAUGAUGCACUGGUCCCAGAAUGCCUGGAUGAACCUGUGUACCACAGUGACAGAGAGUGAUGUAGCCAGAGGCAAGAACGCUCUGAAGGCCAGCCUGGUUGGACAGCUCAAUGGAACAACGCCACUUUGUGACGACAUCGGAAGACACAUCCUGAACUACGGGCGGCGUAUUCCUCUGGCAGAGUGGGAUGCUCGGAUCGAUGCCGUGACUCCCAGGAUGGUGCGUGACAUCUGCUCCAAAUAUAUCUACGAUAAGUGUCCUGCUGUGGCAGCUGUCGGCCCUUGCGAGCAGCUACCCGACUACAACAGAAUGCGCAGUGCCAUGUACUGGCUGAGGUUUUAAGAUGCGUUGUUUUUGCUCCAUGUGUCCCACGUCUGCUCCUUAUCUUCCUCCUCAACCUUAUCCUGCCAUCGCUAAGAGUGAACACCUGAGGGAUUGUUCACUUGUUGGCUUGACAGCACAUCCAUCUUCUCUCUCCUCCCUGCCUCCCUCUCCCAUCCCGCUCACUGAUCACUCUUAGUUAGCCAUGAGGGGGGCAGCCAGUCUGCGCAUUAUGAGUAUUGAAAUUACACAUUGGUUACCUCUUGAUUGUACUGUACGGGUCCUCGUUACCUGCUACAGGCUUGCAGAGGGGAGGGAAGAGAGGGCAGAGUUGAAUAGAAAACAAUCAUCCAAUGGACACGGUACAGCCGGUACUAAAUACAACCUGUUUGGAGCAAGAGUAUAUUUAUAAUUUCUGUAACAUUUGUUUCUGUCCUCUAUUGUACAUAACAGAAGCUCUCAUUCCAACAAAAUAAAAAUACUGUAAAACUUUG